UGUUUUGGUAUUGUCAGAAUCACAUAGCGCUAGAUUAUUUUGUUUGUUGUGUGCCGUGGGAUCCGGACGCUCUCUACUACGAUAAAUUAUUGUUUUACUUUAUUUUGUAUUUUUUUACAUUUUGUUACCUCAAAGGAAAUAUAAUUAAUCUAAAAUGACAAGGACUGCACUAGAUAUUCAUGAAAGUUUUGCUGGGAAUUUAGCCUACAAGGAUACUAUCAUGUGGGAUGCAUAUACUCCUCGACAAUUUCCACUAUUUCGAAACAAACUCAACGAGCUGUUUCGUGAACCUGAACCUGAAAAUAAUAAUCGGACCAUAAGCAUUUCACAACAAUCUGCAAACGGAGAACCCGAAAAUUUGCAUAAUGAAAUAACUGAACAAAACGGUGUGGAUAAUGGUACAAGUCCACAAGAUAAUGAAACAGAAAUGAACGGUUCUGAUGCCUCUAACAGUAACAACUCAGCAAAUUCAGAAGAAACGAAUUCAAGGCCUCCACCAAGCAAAGCAAUGGAAAAAAUUCGUCAAGCUGUAUACAAUAGUACCAUAGCACAAGCUAAAUACACAAAUAAAAAUCUGCUUACCACUUUUAUUUUGGUGACUGUAGCAGAAGGCACAACCCAUCGUCAGGCUGAAAGCGCAACUAAGUUUUCAGUUCACUUGGUAAUACGUACGAGAAAAUGCAUGAAAAAUGAUGAUAGCACAGACCGUUGUAUGGUUUUUAUUGACGAACAUGCAAAUGUAUAUAAAAAUUGGAAUCAUUUCAUGGAAACCAAUUUUUUGCCUGCAGGCAUAGCGUUGGCACCUCCAAAAGGUGUAUACGUGUUUGAAAAAGAUAAGCUUAUUGUUGAUUCUUGGAUAACACCUGCAAAUAGUGUUGGACAUAAGGCUGCAGCCACUGCUGAUGUUGUAGCCGGUGUCGGAGGAUUUGCAGCGGCAGGUGGUACGCUAGCGGCCUUGGCUUUACCGGCUAUCGUGCCAGCUUUACCAGUUCUUGGUGCUGUAUGUAUUGUCACCGGAGCUUAUUCAUCAAUCCGUUCAGGUUGGAAUUUAUGGUCUCGCAAGGAUCACGAACAAAGCAUAGGUUUAAAGGAUUCAUCUGCUAGGGGAGCUUGGCUUGGCGUAGCUUCUGGAGCACUUGCUGUUUCAUCAUCAGUUGCAACUAAGUCAUUAGCCCAACUGGCUUUGGCUGGAAAAGAAGUAUCAUUGGUCCGUGAAGUUGUUGUCAAUGGAAUGAACAUAUCAACUAUGCUUUUAUCUGGAACGGGUGUGGCAAAUGGAAUUUUGGAUUUACUUUUGAAAUACUCUGAUGAUGAGGAAGUUACCACCUUAGAUGUAUUACAAGUUGCUGCUUCUUUAGCUAUCUUUACUCAUUCAGCAUAUAACUUCCGUUUGGCCUCUACAAUUGUUACACAAGCUCAAGACUCGAAAGUAAAUGCUUAUCGAUCAGAACUCAGUAAUAGACAAAGAAAAAUGUUCGACAAAUUGACGAAAGAAACGAUACGCACACGAGGAGCAUCAAUGGGUAAAACGGACGUGAUUCGUUUAAUCAAUGAAGUACCUGACAGACAGUAUCUCAACGACUUGAACAGAAUCAAUAGAAAUCUAAACGAAAAUAAUGUUCGCUUUAGUGCAGGCAAUAAUGGUCAGAUUCUAUUAAAUGAUGAGGUUCAUGUUAACUCCGGUGAUUUACGUAACAGUGUACAGCACGGCAUAGGUGAAAAUGUUUUAGGUAGAGUAAGCCAGCCAAUACCAAGUUCUCAUCAAACAAUACCAAAUCCAGAAACCGUUAACAUUUUGUACGAAAGUGCCUUUUCCGAGAACACAAAUAAUCUUAUCAAUUAUUGUCAAACUGCUUUUCAAAUAUCUUCACCACUUAUCUUAAACGUCGAGACAUUUCAAGAUUGUGUACGUAAUAUAAUCACAAAAGUGGGCGAGCAAGCAGCACAAUUUCUCAUCAAAAAAGCAAAGGAAUUUAUCGAAUUAUACGGAGAAUCUAUUGAACAUUUUAUAAAAACAAAACUUCACAUGGAAAUUGUUCUAUGGGAUUUAUUUACAAAAUGUAAAGAAAACUUAUUGACAUUUACAACGGAAGCUUUACAGAAUAACAUGCUACGAAUUUUCGAACAGCUUAAAUCUUUUUACCAAAAUAUGUCUUUUGAAAGUUCUACCGCUGAAAUAUUUGAGUGUAAAGUUUGUCAGGGAUUUUAUCAAAUUUGUUCUAUUUAGUCAAAUAGAAUAUAUAUAUAUACAACUAUAUCAAAAGCACACAAAUUUUUGGUAGUAUUAAAGGAUGGUAAUUUACAAUUGUAAUUUGACUUAAAAAAGUGGUGCCUUAUUUUUAUAUACACAUAGUUAAUUUACGAACAAAUAACUCAAAAUGAUUGAUUGAUAUUAUGAUAUAGUCGUACAACAUGUCUCAAUAUUAAGUGAUGUUUUUAUAUUUCUCAA